UUUGCCCUUCCCUGGGAAAAAACCCAAAUGGAUCAGCAACAAGAAAACUUGGCUCAACAACUAGAAGACGAAGAAGAAGAAAACUUGGGUCAAGAAGAAGAAGAAGAAUGUGAAGAACCAUCAUCCCAACAAGAACAACAGGAAGAAGAAGAAGAAGAAGAAGAAGAAGAAGAAGAAGAAGAAGAAGAAGAAGAGGGAGAAGGAGACCCAGAAGCAGAACCAGAGCAAGAAGACGAAGACGAAGAAGCUACUCCCUCUGAUGACCAACCACCCUCCAAUCAAACCCAUGAUCCUCCCGUUUCUGCUCCCCCAUUCGAUCCCAGCCGAAUGAUUGGCAUUAUUAGAAGAAAGUCAUUGAUCAAAGAGUUAGCUGCUAUGUACCAUGCUGAGUGCCUUUCAUACUGUCAAGAGCUUUUGGAGCUUCAACGAAAAGGGGAUGAGCCACUUGUUGAGUUAAAAGCUCCAGAUGAUUUGAAGAAGGAUGCAAUGCGGCCCCCUAAGCGCCUAAAGAAGACUGCUAGACACUAAUAGUCUAUACGGUUCUUUGCUGCUUACUCUCUCAAAUGUUCAUAGGACACUUUCUAUGUGGUUCCCAAGUUUAGUUUGUCUGGGCAACAUCGGGCUAGAAUGACCUUCAUAGUUCCCAACAUGAACUAUGUGAAUGUAUUGGAAGUAUGUGAAAGUACCCUGUAAUCAAUAUGCAUUGUGGAUGCAGAACUAAAGAUGCGUAAAAGGGGGCGCUUGCUUUUAGCCUUCUGAUGUAGGUUUGCAUCACUUAUGAAAUUCAUACUCUAUGUUCUAUGAAACUGUAGUGAUGUUGUGCGAUUGUUGACGAUUUUGUAUUAGCACACCAGUUUGA